UAAUGACGGGGAGAAAUUCUUCAAUGCUCCUCGCCAAAAACCAAAGGAUUCAGCAUGGCAAUUGUGAUCCCGAUAUAACCCAAGUAUACGCACAGCUGACUUCUCAAGAACAAGCCACUUUUAAUCCUAUAGAUGUAGUCGGUGGUUGGCAAGAUGGCCAGUAUGUACACACAUAUAUACCAAAGACAGGUCAACUAAGACAAUUUUGCGAAAUCUAUCUUUCUUCACAUCAAUAUUAUAUAGGAUCAAGAGCUGACACACCGGAGCCAGAGUUGGCGGACUUUCAAGAACCUUCGGAAUUGGAUGGAACGGAUGAAAAUGAAAAAAUUGACAAUCAAAUUCAAUUUAUUAAAUAUGACGAAGAUUGUGACUACUGCUGGCCACCGUUGGAAGUACCAAAUAGUUGUCAUGGAGACAGAGAGACAGAAAGCCAGGUAAAAUAUUACAAUUUUCAAUUAAUUUAA